AUGGACAUUGUAAAAUUUGAUGCGGAACCACGGAGAUUGCCGCUUUUGUCAUGGAAACGCAUAGAAAUUUGCCAUGGAAACGUGAAAAAUGUAUUGUCUGUAAUCAAAAACGGGUAUGUUAUAGAUAAAGUAGGUAAAACAGUACAAUACUAAUUAAUUACUCUUUUUUUAUUAAUUAAAAAACAAAACAAAACAAAAUUAAACAUUUUAAAAUAACCAUUAUUUUGAUUUCCUAUAAUAUUAUACUAUUAAAACUAGUAACAAAAUCAUGAGUUCAAUUAAAGUUACAUUCGUUGGUGUCAUGAUGGGUUCAUGGGUUAAUCCCAGACGAUUGAAAAAAUGAUAUAUUGUAGACUGUCGGCAAAUUUUUCCUAAUCGAAAUCAAAGUGCUUUUCUAGUAGUUUUUUCACAUCCGUAGAUUUUUCUUUCACUCGAAACUGUUCAUAUUUUUGAAUAAUAUAAGGUUUACAAUUUUUUAACAGUAUUGUUUCCUUGUUAUAAUUUUGUAUUCACCCACGAUAUACUUACAAACCAAUUCUACACGCACUUUUUCACAUUUUUAUGAAGUCGAAUAAAAAAUCUUUCACACUCUUUAGUUUUGAAAUGUAAAGCUGAUGUUUGCUUUUUAGUGCAUUUAUAAUGCUCAAGUUUUUUAAAUAAUAAUAGAAGUGUCUCAUAUAGCGUAUAAAAAUAAAUAAUAAAACGUUAACUUUGAUAUUUGGAAUGUAGAUUGUUGUCUUUGCUGUGGUAUUAUGAUUGGAGAUCAGUGUCACACAACUGUUUACAAAUACAUUGAGAAUAAAUAAUUUAAAUAAACAGACUUGUUUUGUUAAUUUAUAUUCUCUCUGUAUCUGCUUGAAAGUGUAGGAAAUAGCUGGUUGCUUAAGUUUUAUGCCUGUUGACUAUUUUCAGAAAGUUGUUAAAGUGGAUGUAAACUGUUGAUUUGUGACUAAAGAUGAUGUUCACUUUGAUCAAGAAGCAUCUGAGGAGCUACCACUUGCACCUGAGGUUGUACAUGAAAGUUUGAAAUUGAUUGUGAGCGUAGAUGAAAUAGUUGCUGUUGUUGUAUACCCAAGUUUUCUUAUUCUAUCUUCAAAACGAUGGAAACAAUUUUUGUUUUGGCCAGAUGUUGAUUAUAUGGUGAAAAUUGUUUUACGGUAGAACACAUGCUCAAAAAAAAAAUUGAUCAAUAGCAUUUGACUGCUUUUUUUUCUUUAGGUUUUCUUCAUUUUUUUUUCUCUAAUAUAUUCUUCAUUAAAGUUGAAGAUGGUGUUUCUGAAGAAUAAUUUGAUUCCUUAAUUUUUUUUUUGGCCAUUGUGGCCAAUAUAUUUUUCACAAUAGGUUGCGAAAUUCUUUUAAUGAUGAUGUUGACUUUCUUGGACUGAAAUCAUCAAAAUAAGUUUAUUAUAAGGAAAAAAAAAAAUUAUCAAUCGUGUUUUGGUAAAAAUUAUUAUGAGAAUGUGCGCUCUGUCAUUAGCUCGGAUAUUUUUUCAUGGUUUAGCAUCAUUUCGCUAUUAUAUGAAAAAUUACGGAGAAAUGAUUGCGCUCUGACGUCCAACUAUUUGUGUGUGAAAACUACGACCGAUUAUUUUUUUGCGGAUUUAUAAAAUUCUGUUUGGUACGUCUAUGAUUUUAUAACGGUUUUGAAUAUAUCACUAUCCGUUUCCGUUAGAUAGAAUAUUAUAAUAUUACAGAUAACAAUUAUUAACCUAUUUAUUUUGCGCAGUAUUAUUCAUUAUGGAAAAAUUUAAUCUAAUUUAAUUUAAAAAAAGUUUUUUCAAAAAUAAUUAUGAGCGGUUGGUCAAUAUUCAAAAUGUAUACAUUUUUUUUCAAAAUGCUAUUUUUUCAGGUAUAAGGUUGCAGUAUCAAAAUUAAAAUUGAAUAUUUUUUUUUAUUAAUUGUGUUCUUUUUCGAGUUUUAGUUUAAGCUUACCAAUAUUUUCAACAAUGAGUUCUCAACAUUCCAUGUCAAUUUAUUCUUUCAACAAUGGAUUCUCAACAUUCCAUUUCAAUUCAUUUUUUCAACAGCGAAAUACCAAAUUUAUUUUUUUCAACAUUUCAAUAUCAAAUCAAUUUUCAACAUAUCAAUUUUCAUGGGCUAAAUAUUUUUUUCUUUUUUGUAUAUUUAUUGAAAUAGUUUUGUUAAAUGUUUCUGGUACAGUUUGACAUUUAAAAGAUCAAAAAAAAAUAAUGUAAAAAUUAUUGUUAAAAUUUUGAUAAAUAUCGACUGUUUGAUAUUUAAAAGAUUCAGAAAAAAUAGUGUAAAAAUUAUUGUUAAACUUGUGAUAAAAAAUGUAUUGUUAAAUUUGUGAUAAAUAUCAAGCUGCGCCAGAACCCGCAUUCUCCUUCUACACAUAUUGAUCAUGAAGAGGUCUAAUUUCUCGUACCUUUUCCAUCAAUAUAUAUUUGACAAUCGGCUUAUCGAUAAUACAACCUUUCAACGAUAACCAUUCUUCUAUUUUUUUUUUUUUUUGCCAAGCCAUUGUAGGAAUGGGAUCUUUUUUAACCGAGUGGUACGGAGUAUUGUCCAUGACUAUUACGGAGUUCUCUUUUAAUUUGGGCAAAACUCCGCAAAACCAGUCAUAAAACGUGUCCCCGUUCAUUUUGUCUUGGUAGUCUGCUGUGUUUUUUUUCGAUUCAAAACACAAUAGACCACCUUCGACGAAACCCUCUGCUGAACCUAUAUGUACAACAACCAACCGCUUCCCCUUACCGGUUGGAUUCUUCGGUCCUGUUGACAGUUCUUUCAGAAAUGCAUCUCUAUGCGAUUUUAUUGUAGUGUCUAACCAUACUUUACUACAACACUCGCCUGCAUUUAUCCACAUCUCGUCUAGGAAAUAUAUUGUUCGACCAUCGCUCCUGUACGUAAAUUAUAUAUUUUUGCCGCCAUACCACGAUAUCUUCUCUCUCAGUAAGAGCGCUGUCCCGAACUCUUUUAGUAUAUUCAAAGCCCAACUCCUUUUAAACACGCUACACGCAGCAAUGACGUCCUUGGUAUAGUCGAAAAGUCCGUUUUUGAGCGAUGGUACAAGUGUAUUGUUAGGGGAAAAAAACGGUGUAGCGAAACGUUUACAAGAAAGAUAUCCAUUGAUUUUCAGUUUACGCUGUAUGAAUCAUAGAUUGGAGCUGGCAGUAGGAGAUUCAGUUAAAGAUGUUAAUGCUAUAAAUCAUUUCAAAUCAUUCAUAGAUUCAUUACAUGUUCUAUAUAAUGCAUCGCCAAAGAAUCGAAAUGAACUAAAACAUAUCUGUAACGAAUUAGAUACUAUUUUUUAAAGGCUGGACGUGUAUUGGACGUCCGCUGGGUGACUAAUAGCUUAAGAGCAGUUAAGGUUGUAUGGAAAAUGUUUGAAGCUUUAUGUAACCAUUUUUCGAGUGCAUUGUCUGACACAAAUAAGGAUGGUAAACAGCCAAAUACAAUGGACUCAAAAAUAAGCUACCUAGUCCUGAAUUUCUAUUAGAUCUUGGUUUAAUUUGUGAUUGUCUUAAUAAAUUAUUAGUCUUGUCAAACAUACUCCAGAUGCGUUCUGUAACUUUAAUUCAAGCUCAGCAACAUAUAAAUAGGAGUGUAAAGAGUUGUGGUUUUAUUUAAAGACUUAAAAGAUGAAUACAUGACUCAAGCAACAGUCGCAUUAAAUGACAUGUCUUUUAAAAAUAUUAAAUUAGUAAAAAACUCUAAAUUAGUUAACAUCAAUCAUGAUCAAUUUCUUACCAGUCUUGUUGAUAACCUAAAUGCUAGGCUCUUUGAUAAAGAACAAGAUACUUUAAUACUUCAGGAUAUGCAGAUCAUGGAUACAAUAGAGUGGCCGGUAGACUACAACAUAAAUUAUGGCAAAGAUAAAAUCAACCGAUUAUGCAAACGUUUUCAACUUAAUAAGAAUGAUGCUAUUAAUGGCUUAAGAAAAAAAAUUGAUGAUCAAAAUAUUUCAUUUAAAAAUGUUAUGCCUGAAUUGUAUAACUUUAUAAACACCUUUCCUUGCUCAACAGCAGAGUAUGAACGGGGGUUUAAUUUGAUGAACAAUAUAUGCAAAAAGUUCUAG